AUGCAUUUCUCAAAGCCUCUCGCCGCCUGCGUCGCCGCCGCGUGCGCCCUGGCCCGUCCACACGACAGCCAGGACGGCGCAGGCACCACGACCGCUGCCGCGACCAGCAUUACCAACUCCAGCCCGCUCGAGAUCAUCACGGCGACCCGUACGGCCCCGGCGCCGCCCGACGUCGGCUACCCGCCCCAGGAAGCGGCCAUGCCGGCCGCCGGCCCUGCUGCGGCCAUGGGAGCCAGGGGCUCCUGGUGGCCCAUCUACACGGUGCCGGUCGCGCCCGGCGCUAGCCUCCUUGCUAACGGGCGGUACAAGGUCGACGACGGCUGGGUGAAGGAGCACAAGAUCCUGGAGCUCGCACUUGGCGGCGAAAACAACGAGGGAGAUCAUACCUACCUCACAUUCAAGUGUCAAUACCAGUGCCAGAUGACCGCUGGAUGCGAAUCCUUUUUCCUGAGCUCAAGCGUGAGCGAACUGAGGCGGGAGGGAAACAAGAUCAUCCCCGAGUCGACCUGCCAGGUCUACAACGCUCGGCUGGAGCCCAGCCUGUACGUCUCUGCAGAGCAGAAGGCGAUUGGGGGCUACAAUUGGAAGAAAUAA